GCCAUGUUAGAAUAUUGAUAUAUUGAACGUGGCGUAUUGGUGGCUUACAUUAAAUGGUUCUAAAAUUAGCAGCGCUGAGAACCUACUUUAAAAGCCUGAUUACCAACUUAAUUGGGUACACUGUGUCUACUAAGAUAAUACUAUUGAUUGAAGCUUCGAAUUCCUGCAUUGGUUCCUAGAUAUUUGAAGUUUGAUUCACGUGAAAAAUUCCUUAAAAAGAGGAAUUCUACCGGGCAUCUUUCAGACCUCGAGCCCUCCCAUCUCCCUGAGCAAUGGCUUCAAAGAUUUGGUUCAUUGCAGUUCUAUUGCUAGCGGUUAGCGUCGGCUUUGAAGCCUUCACAAUUCCACUAGAAGAGGAUCUUAAUGAUGAUAGCAAUGAAAUGGAUUAUCCUAAAGAUUAUAAUGAUGACGAUGACGAAGAUGAUGACGAUGAUGAUAAUGUCCAUGAUGGAAACAAUUUGGAUAUGGAGGAUACGAACCGUGGUCGUCCACCAAGAAGACGACGACUUGGUGGCAAACCAAAACAACGUGGUAAAAAGCCAGCUAAGCGACCUGGUAAACAACGACGACCGUGGGGAUAGAUGACGCAAAAUACGAGUACAAAGAACCAUGCUCACAGUUGCCUGAAGGAGUUGUCGUCUUUAAUUAGUGGUUGGGAAAGAAAUAUUUUUGGUUGAAUUUGAAAUCGAAUUAAAACUGAUGAAUGUAGAGUUUAGUGUUGGCUAGUGAUGUAGAUUGUAAUUAUUAAAGUAAGUCAAGUAAGAGCAAUAUCUUGAAAA